GCGAGCUGAAGUCAAGUUAAAGAGCAUGCUUACGUAUGAUGCCAAAUUUGUAUGUUGAAAGAAUUCGAUGGUGAAAUAUAUGCUACGAAAGAAGUGGUUAUGUUUACCUUAUGCUACGAUUCUUCGUUCUCUUAAUAAAUUUCUAGUUAGAUGAUCACUGUGUCAACUAAUUUUACAAUAUCAGCGUCUCUCCCUGAAUUAUAUCUAAUUGUUUUUCAUGUUUCAUAAAAAGGUAUUGAGCCAUCACUAGUGAAUAUUAUCACGGAACAGUGGGUGCCUUACCGGUUUACGACAUAACAGACCAUGUAACAUUUGAAAAUGUAGAAAUAUGGCUCGAAGAAUUGGGAGACCACACAGACCAAAACAUCGUUGUAAUGCUAGUGGGGAAUAAGGCAGAUCUUCGCCACCUCAGAGCUGUCCCCACGGGCAAAUCAAGUGGUUUUGCAGAAAGAGAGAACACUUUCUUCAUGGAAACAUCUGCACUUGAGGCACUCAAUGUAGAAAACUCCGUCAAAGAAGUACUCACUCAGAUUUAUCGAGUGGUUAGUCGAAAAGCACUUGAUAUAGGAGAUGGUCCAGCAUCUGUAUCAAGAGGACAGGCAAUUAACAUCGGAAAAGAUGAUGUAUCUUCUGUUAAGAAAGGUGGAUGUUGUUCCGGUCAAGCAAAAGGAUCAAUCAAGAGGUAAAUCCAGAAUCUAGAGUUAACAUGUUCAAAAUGAGUACGAUCCUUUUUUUCGUAUACACAAAGUUGAACUCUCCCUAGAUCCGCCUCUGGAUGCAAGUAUAUAUACACACAAAACAAAUCCAAUUUUCAAGAAAUGUAAGUUAAACAAAAGAACUAAUAUCACAGUAUAUUAUGGAGGAAACUAAAGGGGGAUGGAAGUACAUUUAGCUUAAAAAAUUACUUGUUUUAUAUUUUCAUGUGUAAUUUGUAAAUCAAGGGAAUUUCAGCUAAGAAAACUUUCUUGUUGACAGAAAAUACUUGCAAUAGACUGAAUGUCCAUGUUGCCCGGACUCCUCAAAAAUGUCGAUGGAUGAAUGUCUUAUCUUCCAAAAGUAGCAUAUUAUUUAAGGAUUCUGUCAUAAGACUGCACCAUGUAAAGUCCAGACGA